CUUAUAAGGAGCAAAACAAAAAAAAAAAAAAAAAAAACAAGAAAAACUUAAAAAAAGAUAAUGAAACAUUGAAACAAAUUCGUGAUAUCUUAAAGGACUUCGAUACAUAUACUAUAGUAUAUAUUAUAUAUUAAAACAAAAACAAAAAAAAUCCAAAUAAUUGUAAUAAGGAAAAUAAAAACAAAAAAUAAAUUUAAAAAAAAAAACACAAAAAUCUAUAUUAAAACUAUAAGUUAUAAGCUUAUAAGAAAAACAAAAUAUAAAAAAAACCAAUACCAGCAUCUUAUAUAGAUUUAAAAAGCAAAAAAAAACCAAAAGUCUUAAGGUAAUAAAAGACUUUAUAAAAAAAAUUAUUCAAAACGUAUAUAAUUGUAUUCAAAAAAACAAAACAAGUUCUUAUAGUUAUAAAAAUAAAAUAAAAAAGUAAUAAUAAUGGAAACAUAAAAAAACAUACAACAACAACUCCUUAAGUGUUUGUUUUAAACACAGGACCACGCCAAAAAAUACUACUAAAAAAAAAAAAACAAAAAUAUGAAAUCUAAUAUUUAAAAAAAAAACGCAAACAAACAAACAAUACUUCUCAAAUUCUCAAAUUUUUCAAGUAUUUUUAAAACUUGCAUCUGAUCCCAAAGAUUUUUUUUAAAUAAAUAAUCUGUGUAUUAAUUUCAAAAAUUAAUCAAAAUCUAAAAAAAAACACACAAUCCAAAACCACAACCCUUUAACAAGCAAUAAACAAAGUUAAAAAUUAAAAAAAAAACAUUAAAUUAAUAAAAAAAGAAAACAUUAAAAAAUAAAUCGUGCAUUUCUCCCCCGUCGUGUUACUUCCUCAACAAGAACAACAACAAAAAAAGUAAUUUACAAAAAUUAAAAAAAAAAAAAAACAACAAAUCAGUGCCUCUCAAUUAAGAAAAGAAAAAAAAACGCAUCAAGCCCAGAAUUGAAUUCAACAACUUAGAAGAAACCAAUUUUGUAUCAUUUUGUUCACAUAAUACCCUGCCCAAAACAAACCCCAACCCCCACCUCCCUUGCACACAAAAAACCGCUCAAAUUGCGAUCCGCGGCCCUCUGACCAUACCAUUAGUUUUCUUUCAUCUUUUGGUUUUCACACCACCGCUCUGCAUAGUAUUCUUCGUUCAGUGUUAUUUUUUUUCAAAUCAUUUUUUUAAAACUGGUCACAAUGAAUACUCAAUCAAAAGGAUAUCGUGGUGAAGAAAUCUAUGAUAAUCUUCCCUGUGAUGGAUGGAUGAACAUGAAUGCCAUGCGUAAUAUGAAUAUUUCGAAUAAUUUCCCACCAAUCGGAACAUUUUCCUUGGAAACUGCUUUGGGUACACCUCAAACUCCGCAACCACCACCGCAACAUCAUCAGUCGCAUCAACAGCAGCAGCAGCAAAAUCAUCAUCAGCAGCAGCAGCAACAUCAUCAUCAAUCGCAGGCAGGACCACCGCCAUUGUCUCAACACCCACCCAUUGGCAUUUUCGAUGCCAAUGAGGUUCCCGAAAUCAUUCAAAAUCCGGCCACCGUUGGUGUAUUCCAAUCGAACAGUGUUUUGAGCAAUGGUGGUAGUUCCAGUUUUGGCCAAUCCAAUUCUUCAUCGUCGGCUGCCAAUGAUCCAAGUCAGACAACUCGUGAGACUGGUAUAAUAGAGAAGUUAUUGCAUUCGUAUGGUUUUAUACAGUGUUGCGAGCGCCAGGCUCGUCUAUUCUUUCAUUUUUCGCAAUUCAGUGGCAAUAUUGACCAUUUGAAAAUCGGUGAUCCGGUCGAAUUUGAAAUGACCUAUGAUCGUCGUACUGGUAAACCAAUUGCUAGUCAAGUUUCUAAAAUUGCACCCGAAGUGGUUCUUUCGGAGGAGCGUGUCACUGGAACUGUUACCACAGAAUUACGCACCGAUAACAACAACAUUUUGAAUUCAAGCGAAACAACUGGUCGCAUCAGUUAUGAAAAUCGUGGAGAGUGCUUUUUCUUGCCCUAUACCAAAGACGAUGUUGAGGGUAAUGUCAAUUUGAGGGCUGGUGACAAAGUUAGCUUUCAGAUUGCUACCAACCAAAGAGGAAAUUUGGGUGCUUGUCACAUUCGCUUGGAGAAUCCAGCUCAACCGGUCAAGUAUCGUGGCGUUGUUUGUUCCAUGAAGGAGUCGUUCGGCUUUAUUGAACGUGCCGAUGUUGUCAAGGAGAUUUUCUUUCAUUUCUCUGAAGCCGAAGGUAAUGUUGAAUUACGUCCAGGAGAUGAUGUGGAAUUUACCAUUCAGACACGUACCGGUCGAGAAUUUGCCUGUAACAUAACGCGCUUGCCACCCGGCUCGGUCAUUUUUGAAGAUGUUGACACCACCAUUUACAAGGGCCAAGUUUUGAAGCCAUUGGAUCGCAACAAUCCUACGCGUCAAACCAAUGAUCCCUUGCCGGGUCGCAUACGUUACAGGGCUCCAGAUUAUUCUGAGGUUGAAGUACCAUUUGGUGACAAGGAUCAGAAGGGUGAUUUUACUUUGCGCCAUGGCGAUUGGGUACAAUUCCUAUUGGCCACCGAUCGUCGCGAUCAAUUGCAACGCGCCACAUCCAUUUCUCUGUUGGACGAAACAUUUAAGGUUUCCGGCGAGAAGCGUGAACAGGGUGUUAUUUCUGGCUUGAAAGACGGAUUUGGUUUCAUACGAAGUGUCGAACGUAAUGUUCGUAUAUUUUUCCAUUAUACUGAAAUUCUGGACACGAGCCGCGAAAUUAUGGUCAACGAUGAGGUUGAAUUUACAGUGGUUCAGGAACAAGGUGUUCCCUACAAUGCAUCACGUUUACAUGCUAUACGCAUUAAGCAUUUACCACCCGGUACUGUGCAAUUUGAAACUUUAGUGGCUAACAAUAUAGAGGGUUAUGUUACCCGUGAGGCUCCCAAGAGUCCAGUGAAAUCUCAAGACCGCGUUGAAGGCGGUGUUAUUACCUAUGACCAUGGUGAACUUAAAAAGACUAUUAUGUAUUUCCUUAAAGACUGCGAAAAACCACCUAGAAUUGGAGACCGUGUACGUUUUGAUAUAUACUUGGUAAAAAGAAAUAAAGAAUUGAUUGCUGUGAAUGUUCAAAAUUUGCAUACACUGCAACCCGGCAUGCAAACAGCGGCGGGGGUUAUUCAGCAACAACAACAACAGCAGCCACUGCAACAACAGCCGGCGUCACAAUUAAAUCCGCAAUUAUUGCAACAACAAUUGGCAACUAAUACAACGAAUCCACAACAACCAGCACCACCAGCAGCCGCUGUUGCAGCUCUACACCAUCAUCAUCAUCCACAUCUUAUUCUAAAUCAAAAUAAUGAUCCAGCCAUCAUCAACCAGCACACAAAUGGAAUCAUGGCAGGCAUUGGCGGAGGAGGCGGUGGCAUGAUAAUACCCACUCAAAAUGGUUAUUUGUCCAUGGCGGCCACCAACAAUCAUCAGAUGCUUCAAACCCCCAAAAUUGAAGAUUACACCAAAAUGGAGAAUAACAAUAUGGCUGGCACCGAAACCGGCCAGCCAGUCUAUAGGGGUUUUAUUGCCGUUAUCAAGGAGAAUUUCGGUUUCAUCGAAACACUGUCACAUGACGAAGAGGUGUUCUUCCAUUUCAGUAACUAUGUGGGCAAUCCCAAUUGGUUGGAAUUGGGUCAAGAGGUUGAGUAUACCUUGUCGCCGAACGGCAACACUUCGGUAUCGGGUAAUUGCUUGCCCGCAGAAAAUGUACGCACCCUGGCCAAGGGCUCCAUACCACAGCCGGCUGUAAAGGAGGGAGUUCAUAAUGGUGUCGUUGCACGUCCACUGCGUUGCAUUAAUCCCGAUCAACAGGAAUACGCUGGGCUAAUUGAGGUGUUGGAUGAGACCAGAACCCAGGUGUUGUCGCAACACGAAUUCGGCAUUACCAGUUUGGUUAACAAACGUGACUUGUUGCAAGCCGGCGAUUUGGUCACCUUCAAGAUCGAUGAAGCUGGACGCGCUGCCGAAAUUACCGCUGUACGCCAAAAGAAACGUGCCACAGUCGAUUCGAUUAAGGGCCAAUUUGGUUUCCUUAACUACGAAAUAGAAGAUGGUAAAAAACUUUUCUUCCACAUGUCCGAGGUACAGGGCAAUGCUGUGUCUUUACAUCCCGGUGAUACAGUGGAGUUUUCUGUGGUUACAAAUCAGCGCAAUGGCAAAUCGUCGGCAUGCAAUGUUUUGAAAAUCAACGAUCGCCCAGAUCGUUUGAUUUCGCGUCUCAAGUUGACCGAUGACACAUUGCCCCGUUUGAUUGUAAUUCGUGCACCCAAAGGACCCCAGCCAAAAGGUUUUCUGCCACAGGCACGUUUACCACGCAUUCCAGGCAUAAUCUUGGAAUAAAUUAUUGACCGCGUAACAAAAUCGAAGGAUUCAACGACUGAAGACAUGUUCCCCACAAUUUUUAUUUAAAACAAAACAACAAAAAAAAAAAAAUAUUAAGCCAUCAUUACAAAAAAAAAAAACAAGAAAAUACACUGCUAUACUCUAUAUAUAAAUAUUAAAAGAAAAACAAAAUGAAUCACUGCUAAACAUAAUACAAGUAUAAAAUAAAGGAAUCUUAUCAUAUAUCCUAUCCAAUUAUUAUAUACUAUUUAAAGAAAGCAACAUAACUAAGAAAAAGAAGACAAAACGAUGGAAAGAAGAAAGAAGCAGAAAAUACGGAGGAAACAAGAACAAAAAUGGAAAUUGUUGUGUGUCUCACACUUAUUUCCAAUAUGAGAUGAAGUUAAAAAAACAAAAUAAAAGCAACAAAAAAAGAUUAUAAAGUAACAGAAGAUGAAGAGAAGAGAAAACAAAAAUAGAAAUAAUGCAAAACAAACAAAAAUAAUUAUGAAUAGAAUUUGAGUAUUUAUUAAAACAAAAAUAUAUAUGCGUAAUUCAACAAAAAUACAAUAAACCAAGAACAAAAGAAAAAAAAAA